AUGGCGUCUGAAACCCUAGAAGACAAGAAACAAGAAGAAAUAGCUAACGUCGAAGACAAAGGUGAAGUGAAAGAAGAAGGGAAAACAGAGGAGGGUGAAGAAGAGAAGGAAGCGGAAUUACUGAAACCCUGCUCUAUUUCUAUUAAUUUAAUCGCAAACAUCCUAAUCUCUUUUGCUUUAUGUUUGAUUUUAAACCUAUGAAUUACUGGUUUGGCUUCUUUGUUUACUUCAUUUCUAUAUCCACUGCAAAGUCUCUGUAUGGUUCCAUGUGGAAGAAUUUGCAAAAUAAGCUGUGUAAAUUGCAUUCUUAAUUAACCACAAUUAACUAACACUUCACUUUUUUGGUUUCUCUCUCUGUGUCAACCCUCUCUAAAAGCUUAUCAUUCACAGAGAUUCAGAUCGAUCUCAGUGAUUUCAUCUCAGAGCGGUUUCGAUUUCGAAGCUCCAAAACACCAUCUGCACCAUCGUCUACUAAGAACCAGGAUUGGCUCAUGGUCUGGGCUGUGAUGUGGAUGCUUUUCAAUAUGAUCAAGUUUCGUAAGCCUUGCACGACUUGAGAUAACAUGAUGGUAGCAAAGCAAAGCAACAACUUUGAUCCUCGUGCUGCUGCUGCUAAUUUCCCUUCAGGUGUGCAAGCAUAUUUGGCUGGGCUUACAUUCGCAUUAGCCGUUUCACCUUGCAGCACUGCUGUGCUGGCAACCCUGCUUGGAUAUGUAGCUGCAUCCAAGGGUGAUGCUUGAUGGUGGUAGACUCUCCAUUAGCAGGGCCUUGAAGAUAAAGCUUGGCGAACAAAGCAAAGUAGUGUUCAACUUCUUGGUGCUAUGGCUUACUGCGCUCCACAGCAACUUUCUCAAUGCCUUCCUAAGAUUGUGCCAAAAUUGACAGAGGUGCUAACAGACACCCAUCCUAAAGUUCAGUCAGCGGGGCAAACAGCCCUUCAGCAGGUUGGGAAUGUGAUUAAAAAUCCAGAAAUUGCUGCUCUUGUCCCAACACUUCUAAUGGGCCUUACAGACCCCAAUGACUACACGAAGCAUUCCCUUGAUAUUCUUCUCCAAACAACAUUUAUCAAUUCGAUUGAUGCUCCUUCACUCGCACUGUUGGUACCAAUAGUUCAUAGAGGGCUAAGAGAGAGGAGUGCUGAAACUAAAAAGAAAGCUGCCCAGAUAGUUGGAAACAUGUGCUCUUGAGUGACUGAACCGAAGGAUAUGAUUCCUUACAUAGGUUUACUCCUUCCUGAAGUAAAAAAGGUUCUUGUGGAUCCAAUCCCUGAAGUUCGGUCUGUUGCUGCAAGGGCCCUUGGUUCUCUCAUAAGAGGAAUGGGAGAAGAAAACUUCCCAGAUCUUGUUUCAUGGUUGUUAGAGACACUCAAGUCUGAUGGUAGUAACGUUGAACGCUCUGGAGCUGCUCAAGGACUAAGUGAGAUUUUGGCUGCACUAGGAAAGGAUUAUUUUGAGCAGAUACUUCCUGAUAUCAUUCGGAACUGUUCUCAUCAAAAAGCAUCCGUGCGUGAUGGUUAUUUGACACUUUUCAAGUAUUUCCCAAGGUCAUUAGGUGUCCAAUUCCAGAACUAUUUGCAGCAGGUGUUGCCUGCAAUCCUAGAUGGCCUUGCUGAUGAGAAUGAAUCUGUUCGUGAAGCUGCACUUAGUGCUGGGCAUGUUCUGGUUGAGCAUUAUGCAACAACUAACCUAUGGAGGACUACAUCUGAAGAAAAGAGAGAGUUGGAGCGUCUGGAAAAACCCAUAUAUAAUUCUGUUCGUCGAGCUGCAGAAGUUCAUCGUCAGGUUCGAAAAUACAUCAAAGGUAUUUUGAAGCCUGGGAUGUUAAUGAUUGACUUAUGUGAAACCCUGGAGAAUACCGUCCGUAAGGUGAUAUGGGAGAAUAGUCUACAAGCAGGCAUUGCGUUCCCUACAGGGUGCUCUUUGAAUUGGUAAACAUUUAGUCUGGCAUAUGAAGAUCCUUCCGGGUUCAUUUUUUUAUUUUUAUUUUUAUUUUUACAAUUUUUUUAGAAAGAAUGGUGUUUUGCUAAGUAUUGGGUACGAAUUCUUCAAUUUGUGUUUAUUUUGGUGAAUCUUAUUACAAUUUAUGUUAUGAAUGUAGACCAGUGAAGACUACAACUUUAAUGCUAAGACAUGAUUUUUGGAUAUAUGUUAGUUUGUGGUUAAUGUUAAGACAUAAUUUUUGGAUAUAUGUUAGUUUGUGGCUAACGUUAAAACAUGAUUUUUAGAUUUUGGA